CGGCGGCAACGACGAGUGUCGCAGUGAUUAAAUCGUGCAGACUUCGUCGGUACCGGCGGACUCGCGAUAAUCCUCCUGUUGUUUCCUUUUCGUCGCGAGAACCGACCUCAUCUCCGCUGGCAUGACGAAGGACGCGAUAUCUCCGUUUUCCGCGGCGAGAUAAUGUGUGUUGACGUGCGCGAGUGAGAAACACCUCUCCGCGUAUCGUCCUUGUCCCGUUUUGUGAUCGAGAGGCAACCCGCGGGUGAGAUCAUCUACAGGAGGCGGCGACGAGAACGACGUGCGCAGCCACGACGACGGCGACGUGACGGGGCGACGUGCGACGUCUAGCAUCUCCGCCCGACCAUGGCGGUGAAUCCGCGUGAUAUGGACGGCUUCAUGCCGCUCCUGUCAACGACGGAUAUCAAGAAGAAGCUCAACGUCGGCAUCGCGCUGCUCAAUUUCCUCGGCGACUUGAGCAAGAGCAUCGAGUGCCAGGACAUCGGCAUGUUCAUCGACAAUGUUAUUCCCUGGCUCGGCAACGGCAAUCCCAAGGUUGUCCAGAAUGGUUUAGAGAUCCUCACGUAUCUCGCAGAUCGGAUGGGUCAUGACUUCAAACCUUACAUCUCCACCAUCAUCCAGCCGACGAUAGACAGGCUAGGUGACAGUAAAGAUGCUACCAGGGAGAAGGCGCAACUGGUGCUCCUGAAAAUUAUGGAAAAGGGAUGCAUGUCGCCUCAGAAUCUUCUGGAUAGACUUCGUCCAGCCUUCAAUCAUAAGAAUGCAAAAUUACGAGAAGAGGCCCUGAUUCUGUUGACAACUACGUUGAAUGAACAUGGAGCAGAUGAGAUGGCACUAUCGGGGGUAAUUCCGAGUAUCGUAAAGCUGUUGUCGGAUCCGUCGGAAAAGGUUCGGGAAACUGCUCUGAACACGCUGGCGGACAUCUAUCGACACGUAGGCGAGAGAUUACGCGUCGAUUUGCAAAGAAAACACAAUGUGCCGCAAGCCAAAAUGCUCCUGCUAAUAGAGAAGUUUGAUCAACUGAAGGCCGCUGGUGAUCUUUUACCCUUGGCAAUGUCGUCCGACGUUGGCAAAGAUACCGACGAACUUGAUCGAGCAGCGAUCAAAUCGGCUCCUGUUAAAAGGCUUAAUAUGCCCCCAAAAAGAGGUCAAUUUGGGCCUGCUAGAACACCAUCCUCUGCCUUAGCUCCUUCUGGUGCUUCAUCCUAUACAGUCCCAAGGGCAGCGACCAUCAAAAGAACUCAAUCAGUAAGGUCGACAUCAGCGCAAGCCGGAGCCGUUGACGAAGAAUGCUUUAUUACUUCAUUCGAGGAUGUACCUACCGUUAAUCUAUUCUCAGCAAAAGAUCUCGAAGAACAGAUGAAAAGUAUCAGGGAUACCGUGGGUGACGAUAAAAAGGAUUGGAAACAAAGAAUGGAUAGCAUGAGAAAGUUAAGAGCCAUUGUACUCGCAGGUGGCACUAAUUACGAAAAUUUCCACGAGUGCCUAAAGAGCGUACAGCGACCGUUCGAACAGGCCUGCACUGACCUUAGAUCCCAAGUAGCGCGAGAAGCCUGUAUAACUCUCGCUUUUCUGAGUCAGAGCCUGAAGACCAAAUUCGCCAGUUUUGGCGAGGCGGUUUUGCUCACGUUAAUGAACCUCAUACAGAACAGUGCCAAGGUCGUAGCGACAGCCGGAGCGGUGGCAGUUCGGUUUAUCCUUCAAAAUACCCACUGUACUCGAUAUGUGCCUAUUAUUAUAUCAUGCGUGAGCAACAAGAGCAGAGAUAUUCGUAGGGCGUCUUGGGAAUAUCUGGCUUUAAUCCUGCAAACCUGGCCUACGCAGAUAUUGCAGAAGCAUAUAACAAUAUUGCCGGAUGCACUUAAAAAGGGUAUUGCGGAUUCCGACGCAGAAGCACGAGUCUUCGCCAGGAAAUCAUACUGGGCAUUUAAAAAUCACUUUCCAGAGCAGGCUGAGAUACUACUUAAUAACUUGGACGCGACGUAUAAACGCUCCUUAAUGUCUCUUAGUAAUAGUGGUAGUAGUAACAGCUUAAAUGUCAUGGCUAAUAUGAGAUCGUCGAGUGUUAGUCCACGUACAGCCAGACCAGUGAUGAGCGCAGCAGGUAGUACGGAAAAUUUGCAUCAGACCACGGGUCAACCGCACGGUCCGCUCAGACGUACUCCGUCCUUGCCUCGGUCUUAUCGUCAAUCUGGUAUCCCGAUACUACAAAGACCAACAGACAGUCAUUACCGAGGUACGCCAGGAGUUAGAUCUACCAGCGCAAUUGAUUUGCAAGCUGCUCAAAGAGCGAAAGCGAGAUUAAUGUACGCGAAUAUGAGCAGACAAAAAGCAGCAGCACUUCCUCGUCCUACUAAAUCCCCGGAUCCCAAUGCGGUUGCUAGCCCAGAAAGAGUGGCAAGAACGAGGACAAGAGUGGCGGGAGUUUCGCAAUCUCAACCUAGUAGUAGAUCGGGUUCCCCAUCGUCUAGAUUAAGUUAUGCCACGUAUAAUCGUGAAGGUGAAUCACUGAUCGGUAGACCAAGGCGAUUAUCCGGCCAUACUAUUGGCAGCACAAGCAAUAGUCGUGAGCCGAGUCCGCAGAGAUUUGGGAGCAAACUAAGAGGGAGGAAUCUACAUAUGUCGCCAACGGACAGCACUAGACCACCAGUGAUGGCGCAGAAGAUGUUGCAGAAGUCACGCGAAGCGGAGUCUGCGUUGGCGGACGCUCUAACCUUCGACAGUAUCGACAAUUACACCAGAAUACCGGGUAACAAAGGGGAUCACAGUGACGACAGCGAAAACAGCAGUAUAUGCUCGGAAAGAAGUAUAGACGGUUUUAGACGAGCCAGUGAUGACAUCAAAGAAAUUAUUGAAAACUGUGCUCAUAAACAUUGGGGAGACAGAAAAGAAGGUUUAGUGGGCUUGCAACAUUAUUUGAGCAACGGAAAUACUUUGACAACAACAGAUUUGCGUAGAGUGACCGAUAUUUUUACGAAAAUGUUUAUGGAUUCUCAUACCAAGGUGUUCAGUUUGUUCUUGGACACAUUGAACGAACUACUGAUUACUCACAACGAAGGUCUUGGCGAUUGGUUGUAUGUUUUAUGUGCGAGGCUUCUCAAUAAGUUAGGCACUGAUCUAUUGGGAUCUAUACAAACAAAGAUACACAAAACGCUUGAUGUUGUGAGAGAUUAUUUCCCGGGCCAACAGCUUCUACCAGCUGUGAUGAGGUAUCUAACAGAUCCAACACAAACACCAAAUUCUCGCGUGAAAGUAGCAGCAUUGACUUUUAUCACGCAGAUCGCUGAGACGGCAGAACCGUCCGCGCUAGGCAGUUCUGCAGCGACAGCACUUGCACGACUGCUCGACUGGUCGAAUGAUGGCAAAAGCCACGACGUGAGGAGACAUGCGCAAAACGCUGUGAUAUCACUUUACAAUCUUAAUCCGCCUCAAGUUACUAUGAUACUCUCCGAAUUACCAAAAUACUAUCAAGAAACAGCCUGGCCUUUAGUACAGAACCAUUUAAGAAAAUCUUCCACUUCUAGUACUCCGGCAUCACCUGGUACACCACCGCCUAGAUCGCAAAAUUCGCCCGCUCGAACGAAAGCGAAAAACGAUGUUAAAGCGGACAAGACUGAAAUCGAUGGAGGAGAUGAGAACUUGGAGGAAGUAUAUAAAUCUCUACGACGCACGACCGCCGAAAUCCAAAAUUACGGCUUCGAACGUUUAGAGAGAGCCACCACCAGUAAAGAUAGUGGUAUUAGCAAUAUGGCAGAUGUGGAGGAAAGAAUGGAAGGUUUGACGUUAUCCAAUUCGGGUCGAUCUUCGUCCGUUUCCUCACCGACGCAACGAGGACGAUCUGUUAGUAAUAUAACGGUGAAUGGAUCCGAUACAAUUGCCGGUGAUUUGAUUCUACCUCAAGAGAACAAUGGUUAUAAAACGCAUGGAUCAUCACCAGAUUCAACAAACAGACCAGAAAUCGUGGAUAAUAUGGUUAAAACUCUGCAAUCUAAAGUAGCGCAAACUACGGAAAAAGUAUCGGCGUUACAAGAAUUUCAACUCUAUGUCCGCGAAGGCGAUUCGUCAUAUAUUAAACGAAAUUUCAAGAAAGUGCUCAAAGUUUUAUUAGACAGCUUAUCCAAUGACGGCAAAGUGAUACAAGUAGAAGUUCUACAAACGCUGAUCGAUAUGCUUAAAUGUUCCGAGUUGAUAGAAAGUUUUUCCUCUUACAAUGAGUUACUAAUAUUGAAAGUUAUCUACGCCUACAAAUCAGACGAUCAAAAAGUUGAUUCUUCCGGAGGUAGCGGCGGUAGAUCUCCAGUUCAUUGGAAUGCGGAAAAGUGCGCGGCAACGAUGGCCAUGGUUUUAAAACCGGAACAAAUUAUCCAUUUGGUCUCCACUAUAAUUGCUACAGAGUCAUAUCCAUUGAAUAUGGGCGCGAUAAAGAUGUUGCAUAAAGUGGUAGAGCAUUGGGGUCGAGAAGCUAUUGAACCUCAUCUUGCCAAAGUAAUGCCUGGUCUUAUUAAGGCUUACGAUGACAAUGAAAGCGCGGUUCGUAAGAGCGCAGUCUUUUGCAUGGUGGCAAUCCACGUCGCGGUCGGCGAGGAAGUGUUGAAGCCACAUCUAAGUUGUCUAUACUCCAGUAAGCUCAAACUACUGAACAUCUAUAUACAACGUGCGCAGCAGCAGGCGAACAGUCAACCCGCGAGUCCGCGUAGUAACAGCAAGAAUUAACCAAUAUCCAAUACCACGACUCUCAGGGUCGCGAUACUUAAAAGAUUCGCUCGCUUUGGCGCGCGGCAUGAGCAAGUGCUUGUUAGCUUCCUCAGUAAGUCCGAUCCAUCAUGAUGGUUGACGACGGUUUUAACAGUAUGACUCGAAAGUUUUGAUACGAUAGAGACUGAUGUGCGUAUGUGUGUGUGUGCGUCACUUCGCGACGGAGUGCGAAUCGCUGUUCGAGACGACAAAAAUAUAUGCGAAAUCAACGCGAUAAUUGUUUUGAUGUUAUGUUUAUCGAAUUAAUUGUUAAAACAAUAAGGGCUUGUACAGUUGGUUAAUUCUUAUUAAGAGAGUAAAGCAAUGGGAAUUCGUAACAUACGCAGAUUUUUUUUCAUCUUUUAUGAGAGCAUAAAACAACUAUAUUACUAUAAGAUUAAUUAUACGUCUUUAAGUGAGCAUCACAUAAUUUCGACUGAUACGUCUUUUAAGUACCGUUCCAUGAUACGCAAGGAGGUUUUUUCUGUGGAAAGGUUUGUGAAAUUAUUUAUGCAAUAUUAUAUAUUCCUUUAUGAAAUGAAUGGCUUCUUAAUUUGUUUAA